GUGACGGACAGACCUCUCCCUGAAGAAUGAAGGACGGCUGACUGAGGUUUUCACUAUCUUGGUGCUGGAACUAACAGACAAGAGAGAAUAAGAGGUCCCCAGAUGGAGGUGCUGUACCACCAGACCAACCGUCUGCUGCAGGAAGUCACAUCCCAAGACCUCAUCAGGGUGCAGCGCGCCCACUCCGCCGAGGACACCAAUGAUGCAGAGAACACUGUGGUGCAGAAGCUGGACGCCAUACACGCAAACUGCAAUCGCUUGGACAUUUUGAUCAACAAGGAGCCCGCUGCCAGACGAGCAAACGCCAAGUAUCGUGUAGAUCAGCUUAAGUAUGACCUUAAACAUGUACAGAAUUCCUUUGCAAUGCUUCAACACCAGAAACAAAUGCGAAUGCGUGAGGCCGAGGAGAGACAAGCUUUGCUAUCACGGAAAUUCACCACCAACGAAGACACGUCUAUAUUCCUAGACCCUGAGCUCCAGCAUCAUGACAAAUUGGGGGAGGCUAAUCGCCAUGUGGAUGAAAUGAUUGGAGCCGGUGUGAGCAUCUUGCAGGGCAUCAGAGAUCAGGGGUCGGUGCUAAAGGGAGCCAGGAAGCGUGUGCAGGACUUGGCUAACACCUUGGGCCUGUCCAACACUGUCAUGAGGAUGAUUGAGAGGCGGUCCACACAGGAUAAAUACAUUCUGUUUGCCGGAAUGGUUAUUGUGCUUCUUUGUUUGUACUUUGCAUUAAGAUACUUAUGAAGACAAAUGAACAGGCCUUGUAUUCAUUCCUUUAUUGUAAAAUCUAUACACAUACAUAUUUAUAUACAUGCUCAUGGGAUUGGGAUAGCACUUAUCCUCACAGUGCUUGCUCUCAUUACCACAGGUCUUAUUCAUCUCUCAUCUUGCACAUACUGCACAUAGCAAGCAUCUUAAUGACACUUCAGAAUAAACAUUCUGAAGCAUUAAUGACUGAGAUUAUGAAAGUAUUACAUUUUGCCUUAUGAAAAAAGAGAGUAUAGGUGGGUAAUAUGGGCAUAUUUGUUUUAUUUACACUGUACUACAGCAUAUAUAUUUAUGAAAUUUCCUGUUGUUGUUACUGUAGUUUCACUUGGAGUUUCCCUAAAGAAUAGAUAGUAGAGAAAAUGAACAAAUAUUUAUAAACUUUCACUGCUAUGUUAAUUUAUAUGGUACAAUAUUUUUUACAUUUUGAGAAUGGCAGAGAAGAAUUAUUUAUCAAGCAUGUCAUUUCCAGAACACAUUUUGCUAAAUAUAUUAUUCACUAUUUCA